CGCCUUUGCUUCAGUAAAAGUGUGAUCAGGGUUCUAGAUAAGAUAUGCUCAGGCGUGCGUUGUGAAGAACAAUGAGCGUGGAGUCAGUGUUGUACUAACCUCUAAGAUGCUAGCAGGUGCUAUUGCCUCUGUUGUGGUGUGCGCCUUGGUGGUGGGCUCAGAAGCCCAGGUCUCCGUCACGGGGAUCCGGUUAACACUGGCCGGACAAGAAGUGCCGUACAUGAACCUAGGAAGUCCUGAACUCAACUACGUUCUUGAGUGCAACUACGCGGCGAACGAGGGCGAUGUCGUGAAUGUGACGUGGACGUUGGAAGACUACGGUGACGUCUAUUCGUGGAACCCGAUCACUGACGUCGUUACGGUGAACGUGCCGCUUCUACAGGGAGUCGAGGAGAAUGGACCCAAUAUCAAGUUCAUUUCCCCGCAGCCCACAAUGAGGGGCUUCUAUACCUGCAAAGUCUUUCAUAAUCGCCAGGACGAAAUUGUGAACCCUGUCCAGGAUGAGUAUCAGCUGCAGAUGUUCGCGUACUACCACGACCAAUACGAAAUGUCGGCGUCGGUCGAGAAUUGUACAGUGUACUGGAACUAUACUACGCCCGCCAUGUACCCAAAGCCGGAGAUCUCAUGUGGCUUUUGGAACAACACGGCGAAUGGUCUCGGGCAAGCCAUUCAUGGGGGUCUUUUCUACCACCAGUUCCUGAACAAGACUUGGUACGCCUUCAUGAGAGAAAUUCCGUUGAUGAUUGAGGACAUUCCCCGGGGCUCGACGCUGUACUGCCUGACGCAGGUGUCCUUCGUGAACUUCACACGCGAGGCGACGGUGCUGCGAGACAACGCCAACGCCUUGUUGUACAAUGAAGUGGACGACCAGGGGUGUCCAGCCAUCCCCCUGGUGGACGAGAACAUGAUCAUCGACCUCUUCGAGUGCCAAGAAAACUGCCGCGGGGAGUGCAAACAAGCGGGCGUGUCACCGGUCAUUGCCGAGUUCAAAUGUGCCAGCGGCUACGAGGCCUACUGGGAGAUCAACGACACCGUGACCUAUCACUGGCGGCUGCGUGUGACAUGCAACAAGGAACAGCACACGUGGUCGUCCGAAGGUGGUCAGCCGUCCACUACGUUAGAGUUGCCAUAUUGCAUCUACAACGGAGCGAGAAUUGCAACGUCCAGCCUUAUGAUGUUGGCUUUUACCUUACUGUUAACCUCAAGGUUCUAAGAAAAUCAUACGAUGGUCGAUCAUGGUAUUAUUAGUCAGCCAUAAUUAUUAACCAUAAUAGGUUUAGUUAAUCUUGGGAUUAUUGGUGAGCCAUGGUAGUGUUGGAUAAUCGGAACAACACUACCAAAUCAUGAUGGAUUUUGGCAUAUAUUUCUGCGUUGGACAUUCCCUGCAAUCUAACGUUAAAGAGAGCAAAUGGUAUCACAAAUCACCCAUUUCUCCUAUGAUUCCGGAGUGGCUUAAACCCGCGCAGUCAUUAAUGCAUGUGAGAGUGUGCCUGUCUGCCAAUGGAACCCACAUCGCUGUCCAGGAAGAGAGAGACACCAGAAAGAAACAGGAUUUAAUACGGAGACAAUUCUUCUUGCGUAGUGUUUUUUUAGUACCUUAACCGAAGUGGGCACCUGUGUUGUAAAGUAUGUACACUAAUAUCUGUUGCCUUAUCGGAGCCCUGUUAUCUUAUCUGUACUUCACAUCAGACGCGGUCGUGACUUAGUCUGUGUAUUUUUUAAUUGCUAAGUGAUAUACUCUGAUAUACUUUGUACGUCUUUCAAACCCUCGUUUGUAUUAUACUCUUUUCACGGUUUGUCUGUUUAACAACAAUAUAUAUUGUAAAUACAUCUUUGCGACUGAAUUAUACAAGAAUUAUCAAA